UUUUUCACUGUUCCCAUUUUCCAUUUUCCUGCAAAUGCUUCCCAUUGGCAGAACCUAACAGGAAGACAACUGGCAGAGUAUUCUGGGAAAUCUAGUCUUGAUACAUAACACAGACUUUAGACUCUGGUUCUGCCAUUGAUCUUUACUUGACUUUGACAACACCCAGCCCUUGACUUCUGUCUUUAAGAUUCUAGGCAGUAGUGCCAGGAUGAUGCUUAGCUCUCUUUCUCAGCCCUUUUGUUUGUUUCUUGCUUUUGCUAAAAGACACUGCUAGGGUGUGAUUUAAUCUUAACAUUAAGCUAAUGGGAAAUUUUUAUUCUUUUGAAGGCAAUGUCUGUGCAAUAUCGAAGCGUCAUGUUUGCUACUGUGGAUGUGGACAAUGCUCGGGAGUUGGCCCAAACUUACCAUAUCAAAGCAGUACCCACAUUUCAGAUGUUCAAGCAAACCAAGAAGGUAACCCUAUUCUCGAGAAUCAAAAGAGCAAUUUGCUGUUAUAGAAGUGGAUCCCUGAGCGAGCCGGUAAGUGAAAUGGGAUCAAGACAGAGGCACAAGAGUGGGGUUGACUUUCAAGAAAUAGAACGAACCAUGAUGCCCACAGGCGCCAUGCUGCUACCUGGGGAAGCAGAAUCAUUAGUUGUGGGCAUAGUGUCUUCCCUGUUGUACACUGAGCACUGAAGUUAGUUCUAGACCCUUCUAACCCCUCCCCCCAAAGUCCUAACACCAUUUCUGGCUGCUGAAACCUCCCUCAUUAGAAAUUCAGGUCUUCACCAAGUCUCAGCUUCAGUUUACCCACACUCUUCCUUUUCUCCAACCCACCUCAUACAGUUGGUACUAAACUGAUC